CUGUAUGUCCGGACAUGUAGGUCUCAUAGCGGCUUGGCCUUUGUUAGCGAGUCGGUGAGAAGAACCAAAGAAAGCCCGAGGAGCCGCAUUCAUGCACUUACAGGGAGGAAAAUGAUCAUCUGCACGAAAAUCAUGGAUUAUCGCCUUGGAACCCAGUAUCAGUUUGUUCAAAAUCAGGUGAUGGUGAACUCUGAGAAAGACCGUGCUUCUCUCUUGUGUAUGAAGGCUCUGGCCAACAGGGGGCGUCUGGACACGGUGUCUCAGCAGAUGGCCUCUCACCCACAAUACCUGGAGAGUUUUCUGCGCACACAGCACUACAUCCUCUAUAUGGAUGGCCCAUUGCCCCUGCCCUACCGCCACUACAUUGCCAUCAUGGCUGCAGCACGGCAUCACUGUCGGUACCUGGUGUCUCUGCACUCAGCUCAGUUUCUGCGUGUGGGUGGAGACCCGUUAUGGCUUCAGGGGCUGGAGGCUGCACCCCCACGUCUACAGCACCUUGACCACAUCAACAAGGUCCUGGCCCAUCAGCCUUGGCUCACGGCACGCUCGCACAUACAGGCUCUGCUCAAGACGGGAGAGCAGUGCUGGUCUCUGGCUGAGCUUGUUCAGGCGGUGGUUCUGCUGGCCCACUGUCACUCCCUCUGCAGUUUUGUCUUUGGUUCUGGUUCUGACUCUGAUGGCACUCUCACUCCCAGAGUGCAUCACGGCACACCCCCCGGUUACUGUCUCUGUGACGCUGCCAACGGCAACACGGCCUUAUCACCGCCCCCUGUUGGACCCACAGAGAAGGCAUCACGGCGAAGGUCUCUAGACUCCAGCUGCGAAGUUGCUUGCCUUCUAGAACAAAUUCAAAAAUCACAGGAGGAGAUCAAGGAAAGAAAAGGAGACCGACUCCAUUCACAGACACUCCUACAUUCUGAUGUGGAGGAGGAGGAGGAGGCUAUGUUCUCUGCAGACCCCUCCCGCUUCGUCACAGAUCCAGAAUUCGGCUACCAGGAAUUUGCCAGACGGGAGGAGGACCAUUUCCAAGUAUUCCGGGUGCAGGACUAUUCAUGGGAGGAUCAUGGUUUUUCGUUGGUAAACAGGCUCUACUCUGAUAUAGGGCACUUGUUAGACGAGCGAUUCCGCAAUGUGGCCUCCCUCCCUUUCCCUCACAGUCCCGAUCUCAAACGAGCCAUCUGGAACUACAUUCAUUGUAUCUAUGGAAUCAGAUAUGAUGAUUACGAUUAUGGGGAAGUUAACCGGUUACUGGAGCGUGGACUGAAACUUUACAUUAAAGCUGUGGCCUGCUACCCCGACUCCAGCAAGACCCCUCUAUGCCCGCUGUCCUGGGGCCCUGUCAAAGCUUCAGAGAAGGUUCAUGUAAAUUUGUUAGUGAUGGAGGCCCGUCUGCAGGCGGAGCUGCUGUAUGCGCUCAGAGCCAUCACUCAAUACAUGAUCGCAUAGGACAGCGCCACAGAGGGACGUGGUACAACGGAAAUCAAGGCAAAGAAAUACAAGCAGAGAUCUGUCUCUCCGUCUCUGUAUUUGUUGUCUCUGAGUUGACCAUUGUGACGUAAGGUACUGCUGUGAAAAGUUUCUUUGCCAAAGGUGAAACUUCAGAAAGAAAGAAAAAAGUGCAAAGCAAUCGCUCACCCCUACUGUCAUUUUGCAUGUGCUUCUCCUAUGUGAAUUUGUUAGUUGUUCUUUUGUGUGCGUACAAUUCCUUUUUGUAUUUUUUUUUUUAUCUUUAUCCCAGAUGGUUAAUGUGCAAUUAUUUUUAUUCACUUGUUGUUGUUAUUAAUAUUUUCCCGUUUGUUUUUUUCUGUUGCUAUUCAAUUGAGAGAAGUGUCCAACUGUCCGUUUCCAAGGUAUCAAAUUCUGGAAAGGUCACUGUUUACAGGAAAUGAGUGACUGGACAAAGGUGCUUGCUUAACAUGGCUUUUAGAUAUUUCAUUUGAAUGUGGAAUAGUGAGACCAGAGCAAAAUUUAACAAAGGGCAGGAGAAGGUACAACUUUCUUUUUUAAUGAGCACUUUUAAGACAGUAUCUAUCUAAAUAAUAUCUCAAUAAGCUUUCGGCCGUGGCUUCGUUCAGCACACAGCAGGUCGUCUGAGUACUGAUUUCACUUAUUCAGGGGUGCGUUUCACAAAAGCAUCGUUAACCAACUAUGGUCGCAAGUUCCAUCGUUAUCAGCAUCAACGAGUCUGUGUUUCCCGAAAACAUAGUUCAUCGCAAAGUUGUGCGGUUGGAACUACAGUUCUCGACCUGUGGCUAGAAGCAAAGUUUCUUGUUUGCAUGACAUGUGGACUCAAUAUAUCCUUAUCUUGAUUUCCUUAUAAGCAAGCUAACAUUCAGUACAGUCUAUAUCUUUUUUUUAAAUUAGAAUACAAAAAAAUGUAAUUUAC